AUGACAAAGCACCAACCCUACAUCGACUCGCUGGUCAACUUGCUGAGCGAAGACAUCGGAUACGUGCUGUACUCGGCGCUCGGUUCGUUCUACAUCCCCAGCUGCAUCAUGGUGUUUGUCUACAUCCGGAUCUACUUCGCGGCCAAGGCGCGCGCCCGUCGGGGCAUUCGCAAGAAACCACUGAAGCCACCGAGCGAGCAGGACACGAGCUUCACCCGCAACGCCGGCACCGUCCCGAUGCCAUCACUUCCCAGUGCCUCUAACAAUAACAAUCAAUCCGCGGUGCACCAGCACCCGGCGGCCCCGCACCACCACCCCGGGAGCACCGGCUCGACCCAGAUAGCGACGAUAGAGCCGCCCCCGCGGGGGCUCGUGGCGGGGUCGGGCGCCUCCCCGAUGCCCAUCCCGGUGGUGACGUGCGACUUCGCGUCCGACAUGUCGACGAGCGAGGCGGGCACGGCCGAACAGGACAAUCACGGGCUGGUGGCCGCGGCCUCCAGCCAUCCGCCGCUCGAGCCCAAGGACACGCUGAAGGCGCCCCUACAGCAGCAGCAGCAGCAGCAGCAGCGGACCAGCAACAACGGCAUCUCGUCCGAGCUGGCCGUCUCACCUUCGGCCGUCGCCCGCAACCGGGCGCUCUCGGUCGGCAUCGACACGGACAUGGUGAGCGAGUUCGACCCGUCCAGCUCGGACUCGGGCGUCAUCAGCCGGUGCGCGGUGGUGAAGCCGCUCAAGUUCCGCCUCUGCCAGCCCAUCUUCGGCAAGGGCAAGGCGAAGGCGCGCCAGGCUGGCGGUGGUCGGGGCAACAACUGCACCCAACCGAUGCUCGGCUCGGGUGCCCACGACGGCGGUGGAGGAGGAGGUGCGGGAGGCGGCGGCGGGCAGCAGGCCAUCUCGCAGCUGAUCGCCAGCAAGCAGACGGACAGCACCUGCAGCGAGAUGGAACCGGCCCUGCCGAAGCCGAAGCCGCGCGACCCGGAGAAGGAGAAGCGGCGCAUCGCGCGCAAGAAGGAGAAGCGCGCCACGCUCAUCCUCGGGCUGAUCAUGGGCAGCUUCAUCGCCUGCUGGCUGCCCUUCUUCUUCCUCUACAUCCUCGUCCCCAUCUGCCCGAACUGCAGCAUCCCGGAGAGCGCCUUCUCGCUCGCCUUCUGGCUCGGCUACAUGAACUCCGCGCUCAACCCGGCCAUCUACACCAUCUUCAACAAGGACUUCCGGCGCGCCUUCCGGCGCAUCCUGUUCAAGUGAUGUUUAGCGUACGUGUGCUGCUAUCGCUGCGUCUCCCGUAGCAUCGAGAAGGCUACGGAGCGGGCAAUCGGCGGCGCACAGCUCGGCGGCGGCUACCGGGGCGGCUACAUGCGAUGAUAGCACGCGCCACCGUAGGCCACACCCCCACCACCCAACCCCUCCCCCACCCCCCCUCCCACCAGCAUGCACUCCUUUUUCCCAAACUCCCACCUCGCACCGGGUGUCGGUGGCGAGUCUCUCCUGUGGUCGUGUGUUGCGCGUAACAUUUUGCUACGCGAGUGCGCGUGCGUGUGUGUGUGUGUGUGUACUUACCCACCAAUCCGUUCAACCCCAUCGGUCGGCGAUAAUAAUGAUGCGUAUUGGGAAAGGAGAACGAAAAUGACAAACAACCAAAACAGCAAACAACAAAUAACUAAAAUAAAAACAAAAAACCACAAGAGUAAACAAAAAACAAAAACAAACACAAUGCAAUCCAAAACGAAUGCAAAACGAAGGAGAAGCACCAUGCACCAAAACCCUUCUCUCGGUACGAACAGAUUAAACAGGAAGUAAGCAGCAAAGAAAGCAAACAAAGAAAUAAAAGCAAACCUACUAGCGUUAAGGAGAAACUAUUAAGCCGAAAAGAGCUAACAAAGGUGAACACAACACAGCAGACACUAAUAUAGAAACAAUUCUAACUGACUGCAUGCACCCAACGUGAAUGAAGAGAAGAGAAGAAGAAAAAACGGUGGGAGGCGGUACGAAGUCUACGUGUUUUUCGUGUUUCUUUAUCCAGCAUAUAGUAUCUAUAUACACACACGUACAUAUAUAAAUAUACAUAUACAGAUAUAUGAGUAGGGUAUGAAUAAGACGAAGGCAUCAACCACUUUCUACAGCUAUAUAUAUAUAUAUAUACUUGCGCAUAUACGUACGUAACAUAUGCAUUACUAGGCAGGUCGGAGGGUCGAGAGGCUAACUAGCUAACUUUAUCCGAGUGCAAAUGUUACAGCAUUCUUCAUCCAGUCCGUCACCAUACACUGAAAGCAACAACUUAAAGGUAAACAAAACAGAAACUAGACACACACUCACACCAAAAGGUUCGUCGAGGCAGAGUAAUAAUAAUACGACUUGUAUCCGACACGAUACAGAAGCAAACAAAUGGGAUAAAUUGUAUAACAAAGAAGCUAUAGCAGAACGACGAAAAACAAAACCAAAACAGUGGUAGAUUUGAUAAAUUUAAUGCGACACGGGGUAGAGGGCUUAGCUGUAAGGAGGAAAAGGUCGAAGGGGUCGAUGCAUGGGGAAGCGCGAACACGUUCACCGAUGGCCGCUUCGGUUUAGGUUUGAUAAAACCGGUUGGAAGUUUUAAAAACGAGCCAUUAACAUGUUUGUUGUUCAGUUUAGCUUGGCUGACUCUCGUUGAGAGCAAGCGUUCACCCACACUUCUCCGUUCGCAAACGAUGCACCUUAAAAUGGGGGUUUGGAUGUUUGGACGGGUGCCGUUAGUAUGACGUUUGUUUGCCGUCUACAGACACGGGUUGAGUUCGUCGCGGAUCGAUUCGAAUCUUUGUGUUCUCCGCAACCAACUAAACGGCCAAACCGGGAACGUUGC